UUAUGAAAUCAAACAUUCAAGAGCAGUCCUAAAGAUUAGCAUCUCCACAUCUGAGAAACAAAUGAAGAAACUCUACAUCAUAACCAACUUCCCAAACACACAACACUAAGAUGAUGAAAGGGUUGCCUCGUAAGAUCCAGAGCAUCAGUGGCAACAUCACCAAUGUGGUACUAAAAAAGUGCUUAUUUCUCACCAUCUUCAUUGCUGUCAUAAUCACCGGCUCCCUCACCAUCACCACCUUAAUCAGUUCAAGCGCCACCUCCGCCCUCUGCACCUACGUUACACGAAGCAACACAGAUUCCCAUUCUGCCCCCCAGGUGGACGCCCUCCUCCACUACGCCACCUCCCGCGAUAUCGCCCAGCAGACCUUCAACGAGAUCACUCUGUCUCUCAAUGUGCUUCGUUCAAUCUCCCCAUGCAACUUUCUUGUUUUUGGCUUAGGCCAUGAUUCCCUCAUGUGGGCCGCCUUCAAUCCACGUGGAGUCACUCUGUUUCUCGAGGAAGAUAUUAAGGCGGUGCACACGGUGCUCAGCAGGGCUCCGCUCCUCCGUGUGCAUGCAGUGAGGUAUGACACUAGGCUUUCGGAUGCUGAUGAUCUUUUAGCGUCGUAUAAGUCAGUGAAGGAGUGCUUGCCACCGCGGCUGAGCCUGCAGGGGAAUGUGCAGUGCAGGCUGGCUCUGAGUGAGCUUCCGCAUGAGGUUUAUAGGAGGGAGUGGGAUGUGAUCAUGAUUGAUGCGCCAAAAGGGUAUUUUGCGGCUGCGCCUGGGAGAAUGGCGGUGAUAUUUUCAGCGGCUGUGAUGGCGAGGGGGAGGAAGAAGCCGGGAUUGACGCAUGUGUUCUUGCAUGAUGUGAAUAGGAGGGUGGAGAGGAUGUUUGCCGAGGAGUUUUUGUGUAAGAAGUAUUUGGUGAAGGCGGUAGAUAGGUUGUGGCAUUUUGCAAUUCCACCUGCAAGAGAUGAUGGUAGUAAAAAAAUUUCAUUCUGUUGA